AAGAGUGCAUGCAAGAAUCAAUAGCAAAUAUAUAGAGAUGAAAAGUUUAGAUGAGGCUUAUGGAUCGAAACAUACUAUGCACUGUCCUAAAAGGGCGAUUCUUCCUCCCUGUGCGAGGCUUCGGCGCAUACUGAGACCGAAUCAAGCAGCCAAGACUGCGCCUGCCUUGGCGCGUGCUCGUGCUGUGUGCGCGUGUGUGUAUUUAGCAGAUGGCACCACUCUAAUCAUCACCCAAGCAACUAGUUUGAAAAUAAUGGAGUAUAUACAAUGCGCUAUUAUAUAUUUUCUGAGGUUUUUUAUGUGGGAUGAAACUCAUAUAUAGUAAGUUAUGGAUGGGCUUUCGGAUAAAGCCUAUUUUAUAUAUGUUGGGCCACCAAGGAGGCCCAUGAGCCAAAUAAAAUUUUAGAUCACGCUUUCAAAAUAAAUACCAACAUUUCUCAUAGUAAUAUAGCAAACUAAUUAAGGCAUUUUCCUUUUUCCCAAAGUAACCGUAUUAUCCACUUUUUGUCUCAGUAGUACCAAACCAUUACCCUAUGAGCCAACAUGUAUAACAUACAUUUCUCGCAAAUAUCUUCACACUUGCAGAAGGUGAUACCUCUAUGGAAGGAGGUAGAAUACUUCAAGCAGUAUCAACAGCGGCUGCGGCAGUACGUCGGCCUCGCGCGGGCCAAGUACAUCGUCAGCGAAGCCAUCUACAUCGUGAGCAUCGGCACCAACGACUUCCUCGAGAACUACUUCCUCUACAUCACGGGCCGGUUCGCGCACUUCAGCGUGGGCGAGUUCGAGGACUUCCUCGUCGGCCUCGCCGCAGAGUUCCUGACCGAGAUCUACCGCCUGGGCGCUCGCAAGAUAGUGUUCGCGGGGCUCAGCCCGAUGGGGUGUUUGCCGCUGGAGCGAACUACAAAUAUUUUGCACGGCGGGGAGUGCAUUGAGGAGUACAACGCGGCGGCGAGGGAGUUCAAUGCGAAGCUGCAGCAUAUGAUGGAGGAGUUGUGUGCUGCGUUGCCUGGGCUGAAGCUACGAUACACACCUGUUUACGAUAGCCUCGACUCGAUCAUUCAGAACCCUUCUGCGUAUGGUAUUGAGAAUGUGGCGGAGGGAUGUUGUGCGACGGGCAAGUUCGAGAUGGGUUACCUGUGCAAUGAAAAGAACCCCUGCACCUGCCCCGACGCCAACAAGUACUUAUUUUGGGACGCAUUCCACCCUACCGAGAAGGUCAACCGUCUAAUGGCUAAUAUCACGCUACAGACGAGCAUGAAAGAGUUCCUAUAGUUAAUAAUAAGCUACUCUUGAUUAUUGAUCGGUUGUAUAUGAUCUUACUUUCUUUUAAUAAUUUCUUAAUGAAUGAUAUGAUAAAAAAAAAAAAAAAAAUUACAUCAUUCAUAUAAAAUGAAUGUUCGUUUUAAACCGGUUCCGGGUCA